UAAAUGAAAAAUGGCCCUUAUAUGCAAAAUUCGCAAUCACAAAUAGCAUUUUUACUUGUAAGCAAACGUAUAUAUUGAAUCGGUGAAACAAAAGAAAGUCGAGGUUUUACAGGUUUUAGGGUUUAUCAGACAUUUUAUCAAGUAACCGAAAGCAUUCAUAUCUCAAUGGCAAUGGGGUCAAGGGUUUCUCGAAGAAUUUCUAGAUUUGCUUACAUUCAGUCUCGUUUCUCCAGCACAAGAUCUUCGUCGUUCCUCUCAGCCAGGGAGCAUGCAGGACCUUCGAUUUUUCCUCGCCCAGAGUUUUUUGGAUCCAGAGAUUUAACACCUAGGAUCUUAUUACAAGAAGGAUAUGCGAAGUUUGUCUGUUCAGUCAGUUCGUGUAAUAUGUCCACGGACACUACUAAAGUGGAAGAGAGUCCAGAUAAACAAGUUGUUCAAGUGCCCAAGAAACCAGGAGAUAAAGAAGGAUUAGAUUCUAUAUCCUCAAAUGCUACAAAAAUGGGAGAGGAGACUCCAAAUGAACAACCUCAAGAACCUAAGAAAGAUGGCAAUAAAGAUGGAUCAGACAGCACAGGCUCCAAGGGAAGGUCAGUUCGAGGAGGGCCUGUUACUUGGAUGAGUUUGCUGCUAUUGAUCCUUACUGGAGCUGGAUUGAUUAUCUACUAUGAUCAGGAAAAAAAGCGCCGUAUUGAAGAACUCCACAAUCUAUCUGCACAGAUAAAGGAGGGGCCAUCUGUAGGCAAAGCUGCAAUUGGUGGUCCAUUUAGCCUUGUGAACCAUGAGGGCAAAUCUGUAACAGAACAUGAUUUCAUGGGAAAGUGGACGUUGAUCUAUUUUGGCUUUACUCACUGCCCUGAUAUCUGCCCAGAUGAGCUUCAGAAAAUGGUUUCAGCAAUUGAUAAGAUAAAGGAAAAAGCACAUAUGGAAGUUGUGCCUGUCUUUAUUUCUGUUGAUCCAGAUAGGGAUACGGUUGAGCAAGUCCGUGAGUAUGUCAAAGAAUUCCAUCCGAAUUUGGUAGGUCUAACAGGAAAUCAGAGUGAUAUAAGACAAGUUGCUCGAGAAUACCGAGUUUACUAUAUGAAGACAGAGGAGGAAGAAGAUGAUUACCUUGUUGACCAUUCUAUUAUCAUGUAUUUAAUGGACCCGGAUAUGGAGUUUGUGAAAUUCUUUGGUAAAAAUUAUGAUGUUGAUACUUUGACUGAUGGUGUGAUAAAAGAAAUCAAGGGAUACAAAAAGUAAUUCCACCACGAAGCAUGAGUGCCUAAGACAAAUUGUUGGGAUACAAAAAGUAACUUCAUCGUGAAGGAUGGGUGCCUGUGACAAAUAAUUGAGAAGUAAUGUACCGUAACAACUACACUCUUUAAAAAAUGCCGGCUUCAAUUUCAGCCUAGUUUUUUGGUCUAAUUUAUAAUAAUUUGGAGGACAUUUCUAUACGAACUCAUUUAAAUAAUCCUUCACAUAUCACCUAUUCUCUAGUUUACAGAAUCCUGGGAUGUUUUAUUUUUUUUUGCAUUAUUUCUCAUUGUCAAAGAUGUUGCAAGAGGGUAAUAACAUCAGAAACUAGCAGCAGUCGCUAUCACACCUUGUGUGUCGCUAAUGCAGUUUAUUAAAGUUGGUUAAUCUCAUUGAGUUGCAGGUCUAUCUGUGAUAUUCUCUUC